GUAAAACUGUAAAUAGAUCGAUCGAUCACAUGUUAAACCCGAGACUGAGAUCGAUCCUACAUCCGGAGUACAUGCAAACAAACAAUCACAAUUUAAAAGGGCACUCUCUUUUGCAGCUGUGUACAUGAAUCACCUUCCCCACACACUCAACCCCUUUUUUGCUAGUUGGAUUCUCACUAGUACGGUUACCACCACUUGUUGUUCUCGCAGAUCCCUCUUUGCUGCCUCUUCCUUUCAACCUUUUCCCCGAAAAUGCUAAGCACUUGGAGCUGUUCUUCUGUUAUUGCGCUGAUUGGAUGAAAUAGAAAAAAAGUGGACAACUUUACAUUCAUUAAAUGGAAUCUGGGAGUCUUAUUGAAACCCUUGAGGAUGGUUGUGUAGAGGGGGAGAGUCAAAGAUGUGAUGAUAAAACCCUAGAAAAAAUUUCUGCUUUGUCUCCCUUGAGUUUCAAGGGAACAGAAAAAGAAAAUAUGAUUAACUUUUUGGAUGGCAACAGAGAAGAGUCUGUUAGGGCAGAUGAACCUGAAGAAAUUCCCGAAGAAGGAAUCUCGCUGGUUGUAGAAGUUUUUGGCCCAUUAAAUGGAACCCGUCAAAACAACCAAGAACACAAGUUCAGUGUGGGUGAUUUGGUAUGGGUCAAAACUAAGCCCUCAUUAUGGUGGCCUGGGAUCAUAUCCCACUCUUGUGAUCAAACAGGCUCCUUUCUCGUCAAGCAUUUUGGGAACAUCAUUUCAUCCCGUUUUCCCUCAUCACAUUUGAAGCCCUUCAUUGACUGUUUUGCCCCAAUGUCCCAACAAACCAAAUCCAGAAGCUUUCUAGGAGCCGUAGAGAAGGCAGUAGUCGAGAUAGGGCACCGUGUAAAACAGGAGAUGUUGUGUCCAUGUUUUCCUCCACCCAAAGACGGAACCAAGAGGGGCAAAUUCGGUAUUUUCUCAGCUUCCGAAUUCGAUCCCACAGAGUUUUUAGAAGCCAUAAGAAACCAAGCUGUGGAUACUUGUCCUCCGGGCGGCAUUGAGUUUGCAGUUAUGAAAAACUGUCUAUCCGCCUUUUACUAUUCUCUCGGGCACAAGCAUCUGUCUUUGCACAAACUCAGGCCAAGAAAUGAGGGCAGUGAUUGUAAUAGUGAUGCAAAGGAAGAAGAAGGAGAACUGAACGUCGGGGAGGGCUCUAAAGUGAAAAAUGAAAAAAACUCUUUUGACUUGAGAGAGAGGAAGAAGAGCAAAUACCUUUCCUACCCUUACAUUAACCGUUGGGACAAAAGGGGCUCAACUUCAACUAAUCAAGAAGAGGAAACCAAACCGGAAGAUCUGGAAGUGGAGACAGAGAAACUGGGCGAGCAGUCUGCCAGGAACCUCAGUACAGGCAGAAACCCAAGGAGGAGAUGUAGAAGCUUCAAGAGUAUAUAUAGUAAACUGGAGAGUGUGGAUCAUACAUCUUUGCCCGGAAUGCUAAAAAAACUCCACUUUACGGCUCUGGACUGUCUGUAUCCUCUCAGAAGUAAACGUUCUGCUUCGGCUAUGAAUUUCUUUUAUAAUUUCAGAAAACACUUGUUUUUUAACCUGCAGCAGAAGCAGCGCUUAGACGGUGAAAAGUUUUCAUCCGUUGCGAAUCAGACCGGUUCAGAAAGCGGGAAGCAGAAUAAAACAUUUGAAGGGGUGAAAGUUCAAAAGAAGAGAAAGAAGAUGGUAGGAGGAAUAGUUCCAGAGAUUAGAAUGAUUGAUAGGUCGCCAGAUUUGAAUGGCAACACUGUGAGACUAUCGGUUGAGAAUAUGGAGGUCAUCGGUCCAGACACAUCAAAGGGUAAACUCGAGCUGAAGAGGGCCAAAAACAAGGACACAGUUGUUUUUGAGGUACCACCCCACGCGGUGCCAACCAUGGUGGGCCCAAACGCUGUUCAGAAUGAUGGCCUGCCAAUCACAGGCCCAUCACCUGCUGUGAAACCUGAGCCCAAGAAGAGAAUGAGAAAGGAAAAAGAGCCAGACUUUCAAAACAUCCAAGCGGCGGCUUUACUUGAUUUGAACGGGAACUCUACCGGUCUACCCGCACAAAAGAAGAGGCGGAGGAGCAUCAACUCCAACACGACUAGUGAGUUCCCCGGGAGCGCACUGCUGUUGAACUUUGCUCCGGGACACCCUUUGCCUUCUAAAGAAUCUCUCAUUGCAACAUUUAUCAAGUUUGGUCAAGUUGUGGAGACCGAGACACAAUUCUUGAGUGAUUCCUGUGCCCGAAUCGUCUUUAUGCAGAGUUGUGAUGCAGAAGGAGCAUAUAAGAGUUUAGAAAUGGGGAGCCUGUUGGGAUCCAUCAUUGCUAGUUUUGUUCUGGUUCCUCCUAAUAGUAGAGGAAAGAGUGCCAAAACCCCCAGGCCCAAAAAGAGUGCCGCCGGGGGGGCCAAACUUGUCUUGAACUUUGCUCCUGGGCAUCCUACUCCUUCAAAAGAUUCCCUGAAAGAAACGUUCAGCAAGUGGGGGCCCGUCGUGGAGCCUGAAACCCACUUCAUAAGUGAAUCCCGUGCCCAGGUUGUCUUUGAAGGAAGCGGAUAUGCAGAAGUAGCAUGUCUGGGUUUACAAAAGAGCAACCCGUUCGGGCCUUCCCUUGCUAGUUACUGCCUUACUCCUAACCCCCCCCGCCGCCAGCGCAAGGGGGCAGCACCUGAUCUCGGCCCUUCCACUGCUGGGGGGAGCACACUCCUCUUGAGCUUUUUUCCUGGCCAUCCUCUCCCUACGAAACAAUCUCUGGUUUCUUCAUUUGCGAAGUUCGGUCCGGUUUUGGAGCCGGUGACUAAGUUCACCAGCGAAUCUACUGCCCGGGUGGUCUUUUUACGGGGUGGUGGUGCAGAAGCGGCCUGUAAGGGUUUAGAGAAAAGCAACCCGUUUGGGCCCGCCCUUGCCACCUUCCGGGAGCAGAGUAGACCUGUUGCAGUGGCGGGGAUUAAUAAUAGUGCAGCAGUGGUCAGUAAUAGCAGGACCCAAACAAACACUGUCCUCCGGCCCAUGGGCAGUCUGAAUCUCCAGGGACCACUGCCUUCUUCUGGCCGAAAAGCUGAGGGGCCAGAUAUCAUUUACAUGAAAAAGAAUCUGGAGAUGAUGAGAGACGUGUUGGAUAGGGAAGGUGACAGUAUAGAGCCAGAAAUGAAGGCAAAGCUAGAAAGUGAUAUCAAGGCCUUCCUCAACAAGUUGAAUUCAAUGGUUGGUGCUUCUUCUUCUUCCUCUUAGUACCCCUGUCAGUAUAUGUUUGGCUGCUUUGUGGCUCAAGGGAAGCAUGAGAAGAAGAAUUUGAAAUUGUUGAUAAGAAAAGUAAUCGUGUUUUGGUCUUUUUCAUUUCUGUUCCAUUUUUUUUGGUGUCGUUGUUUGUGAGGAACAUUAGUUGUCCUUUUGUCUUUAGUCAUAAAGCCGCUUUACCUUUCUCAGAAAUGUUGACAAUAAAUGUAUUGGUAUAGGUUUUGCAUUUCCUGCAUACAACAUUUGAGGUGUGAUGUUUGCUUGAAUUGUGGGAUCUUAUGUUGUAACCCCAAAUGUAAUAGUAGAGAGACAUCGUUUUUUGUGUGCUCAGCGCAGCCUGAUGAUUCCUUGCUCGUUUUGUUUAUCUUGUCUGUCGGUUUUUCUACCAAACGAUUUUUUAUGCCUC